GAGGACGGGGGCCUGAGGAGCGCUGGGACAAGACGGGAACCGCGAGGGCGAUUCGAAAUCCAUUGUCUCCGCGCGCUCGUCCGCUAUUGUUUUUUUCAGCGUUGCCGCUGUCAUCGUCAUUGUCGUCGUCGUCGUCAUCGUCAUCGUCCGGACGGCCGCGCCGGUGCGCCGUGCGCUGCGCGUUCCUCGUGAGUGUUGCUGCUGCCGCCGCUAACGUCGAGGGAAUCGCGGCAACGCAGUCUCAUUGUGGGGCGUGCGUUGUAGAGCUUCCCUACGUGACUACUCCCGCGCGACCCCGAAGGAGACGCCGUCGGUCGUCGGUUACUCCGCCUGCGAUCCGCCCGGCGGUCACACGGCACUGUUAAUCCCCGUGACUACGCUACGUCGCGCCGAGGAAAUCAGUCGGGAUCGCUCGCAUCUCGAGCGGCGGGCCGGUCCUUCUCCGCCCCCUACAUCUCCCUCCACCGACGACCCGGCGAAGCUGAGCUUGUCGCGCGACGACAGCAAACACGGCGCGGACACAUCGGGCACGAGAAUCAUGUCGUCAGGAGCAGGAUCUAGUGGGACUGGACGAGGACGUGGUUCUUCUUUGGCAGACAAUAAACCAGAAAGUAAAGAAGCUAAGCCAAAUCCAAAGAUGUCAAAAGCUUUAGGAACUUCUGCUAAAAGGAUACAAAAAGAAUUAGCAGAAAUCACAUUAGAUCCACCUCCCAAUUGCAGUGCAGGACCAAAAGGUGAUAACUUAUAUGAGUGGGUUUCUACCAUAUUAGGUCCUCCAGGUUCUGUUUAUGAGGGCGGUGUGUUCUUUCUUGAUAUACAUUUCUCACCAGAAUAUCCCUUUAAGCCUCCUAAGGUUACAUUCCGAACACGCAUCUACCAUUGCAAUAUAAAUAGUCAAGGAGUUAUCUGCUUGGACAUAUUAAAGGACAACUGGUCUCCUGCACUGACAAUUUCAAAGGUCUUAUUGUCAAUAUGUUCCCUGUUAACAGACUGCAAUCCAGCUGAUCCAUUGGUGGGUAGUAUAGCCACACAGUACCUACAAAAUAGAGAAGAACAUGAUCGCAUAGCACGGCUUUGGACUAAACGCUAUGCCACAUGAGCAUGUUCUUAAUUCGUAUUAAACUCCUUUUAGUCUCAUGCCAAUCAUGACUUACGAUCGCUGCUGCUCUCAUACAAUUUGUCUCAUAUGUAGUCCAUAUACAUCUUUAUCUAUGAUCAUGUUGGUCAAGAAACACAAGUGAUCAAAGGCCGUUUGAGAUCAGCUCAAACAUGAUUGUGAUGUGCUUUUAUGUUGAGUAUGUAAUGUGCCUAAGACGAAUGAAUGCGUGUGCAAGUGUGUUUAAACAGUGUGUUAGGGCAUAACGAGACAGGAGUUUUUCACUUAAAAGUUACAAUGAGAUAGUAUUUAAAUGGAUUGUAUUGUGUACAAUACAAUACUACCCACAAUACUAAUGUUUUUAGAAUAGGAGAUAACAUGAACAAUAUAUUGAUAAUCUAAAGUGUAAGUAAUUACAUAUAGGCGAUAUAAGUUAAUCGAUAGAGGGCCAUUUUUUUCAUAAUUAAACUUAUAUUUUUAUAUUGAAUUAUUCAAUUUAAAUUAUUACAUUUAUACAUGUGUCUCACUUAACUCAAGAUAUAAACUAGUAACGUAUAGAAUUAUAAUUUAGCUGUUGCAAAUCUACUGGCACAGAAUUUUGUGUUCAUAAUACACAGUAAUGUGUAUAACGUUCUGCAUGAAGCAGACGCAAAUGCUUACGUUAUAUCGAUUGUGUGGCCCAUCCGUAAGAAUGUAAUUGUAAAUAAACUUACUGUAUACUUAUAUGCUGAUAUAUUCAAAAAAAAAAAAAAAAAACUUGUAAUUCUGACCCGAAUUUAUAUUCUAUCUAUACACAUGUAUAUGUAUAAAUUGAAAUUUUGCUAGUGAUUGUAUUUCAAUCACUCUGAUUUACUAAUUCUAAUUAGCGAUCUUUUCCCCUUCUAAAAAUCAUAACUUUAGUUGUCAGAUACAAGAAAAAAGGAAAUUACAUACACGUGACUAGUGCUAACCGAUGUUGGUGCAAUUUGCAUAUUCUAUUUGUAUUAUUUGUUUUAGAGAAUAUUUACAUAUCAAUUUUGUUGCAUAUUCGAAAUAUUAGAAGUUCGAGUUAAAUAUUUUCAUUGUCUCUAAGAUGUCAAAUACAUAUGAACUGAGCGUCUCUUAAAUAAUUUCUUAUAGUUUUUUAUAUCGUGUGAGAAUUUCACAAACGCAAGGUGAUUAAAAUCACUUUGUACAUAUCUGUUUUAAGAUAUAGAUAGUUGCUUAUAAAAAUACUAGUAAAUGUAAUUAUAGUUUAUAUAGAGAUAAUAAAAUGAAAACAGAGAGGAGAGGAGAGAAUUUGCUUAACAAGUACUGACAUUGUACAGUUUCUUAUGUAAAGUAAAACGCGCGCUUUGCAUCCUUUUCAUUACGAAAUUUUCGAGGAAUGUAAAUAUCGCGUGAAGUGCAUGUGCGGAAUAUGCGAUUCGCGUAAGUUCCUAUAUUAAAAUUAAAUAUUCAUGGAUUUUAAUUUAGUCGGCAAACCUUGGCUUUUUAUAUUUUGUAAGCUAGUACGUGUGCAGUUUCAACAUUAUAUAAAUUAAAGUGGGAUGGAUAAGUCGAUCCUGCCUCGGAUUUGUAAAUAUAGAUCAUUAUAUAUAAAAUAGUGCGUGUACAUGCCCACACGUAUAUUUGUGAGAAACUAUCGAAAUAUUAACAAAACAUAAUAGAUCUCGUUAUUUCUAAAUGUCGUAUAUACAUUAAAUGUAGUCACGCGCUAAAAACGAGAGCAUGCUAUAUCUGUGAAUCCAAUUUGAAAAUUAUAGAAUGUAUUAAAUUUUCUUGUAAAAAAAGCAAAUAUAGAAAGGAAGAAAUCAUUUAUUUACACAAUUUCGAUAAAUAUAUUUCUAAAAAUUGCAAUAUACCGAAAGAGAAUCUAUCCAUUGAUCUAAAUGUUCUUUGAUUCGCGUGUAUAAAAAACAUUAAUGCCAACAAAAAAAAGAACAAAUGUAAGAAAUUCAAUCUUAUGUAUAUUGAUAAAUAAUGAUCUUUUAACUAACGAUAUAAUGAAUGAAAUACAAUUUAUUAUACGCUAA